GUCUCCGAGGCAGAUGGACAGAUGGACGCGGCCGGGGACAGCAUGGCCUCUCCCCAGGACCCUGACUACCUGCUGCUGGGCCAGCUGGCGCACGGCUUCAUGGCCUCCCAGGUCCUCUUCGCGGCGUGUGAACUGGGGGUGUUCGACCUGCUGGCCGAGGCGGGACCCCUGGACGCGAUCGGAGUGGCCGCCCGGCUGGACACCAGCCCCCAGGCCACCGAGACCCUGCUGGACACCUGCGUGUCCCUCCGGCUGCUGACCAGGGACGCGACCGUCAGCCCCGCCGCCUACGGCAGCACCCGGCUGUCCCGCACCUUCCUGGCCCGGGGGUCGCCCCUGUCCCAGACCCACCUGCUGAGCUACACGGCCACCACCGUCUACCGCACCUGGGCGCACCUGGCCUCCGCCGUCAGGGAGGGCAGGAACCAGCACCUCAGGGCCUUCGGGGCGUCCUCCCGGGACCUCUUCUCAGCCAUCUACAGGUCCGAGGAGGAGCGGCUGCUGUUUCUGAGGGCCCUGCAGCAGACUUGGGGCGUCCACGGCCCCCCCACUCUCACGGCCUUUGACCUCAGCCCUUUCGCCCGCAUCUGCGACCUUGGCGGUGGUCUUGGGGGGCUGGCCCGGCAGUGCGCAGCCCUGUACCCCAACAGCCGGGUGACGGUGCUGGACCUCCCCGAGGUGGUGGCCGUGGCCAGGACCCACUGCCCGCUCCCCCAGGACGCCCGCGUGAACUUCCUUGAAGGAGACUUCCUACGAGACCCCCUGCCCGUGGCCGACCUGUUCAUCCUGGCCCGCAUCCUACAUGACUGGACGGAUGACCGCUGCCGACAUCUGCUGGCCCGGGUGCGAGCCGCCUGCACCCCAGGUGGCGGGGUGCUGGUGGUGGAGAGCCUCCUGGACGCGGACGGCCGGGGCCCGCUGGCCACCCAGCUGCUGUCCGUCAACAUGCUGCUGCAGACGGAGGGCCGCGAGCGCUCGGCCGGAGAGUACCACGCCCUGCUGGCCGCCGCCGGCUUCUCGCACCUGCAGGUGCGCUCGGGGCUCGGCCUCUACGCCGCCCUGCUGGCCACCCAGUGA